AUGAAGUUUCUCGCUGUUGGCACCGCCUUCUUGGCCACGGCACUCGCCGCACCAACUGACAAGGACUAUCCCAAGGACGGAAAAGAUGUAGAAUACAAGAAGCCCGGACAAGGCGACUACGGCUGGGACUCUAAGCACGGCGGUUACGACGACUAUCCCAGGCACGGCGGACAUGACAAGUACCCGAGCACCCCCAAGCAUGGCGGGGAUGUGUUCUCUUGGGAGCCCAAGCACGGUGGGAAGGACUACUACCCCAAGCCCGGCGACCGCAACUAUGGCCAGUAUGACGACCAGGACCACUACCACAAGCACGGCGGCAAGGACUACUACCCCAAGCACGGCGACCUCAACUAUGGCCAGUAUGACGACAAGGACUACUACCACAAGCACGGCGACCGCAGCUAUAGCCAGUAUAACGACUACUAUCCGAAGAACGGCGACAGCGGUGGCUACCCCAAGUACGGCCAUGGCGGCAACGACGGAUAUUCUAAAUACGGCCAUGGCGACAAGGACCACUACCACAAGCACGGCGGCAAGGACUACUACCCCAAGCAUGGCGACCGCAGCUAUGGCCAGUAUGACGACUACUAUCCGAAGAACGGCGACAACGGUGGCUACCCCAGGUACGGUCAUGGCGGCAACGACGGAUAUUCCAAAUACGGCCAUGGCGACAAGGACCACUACCCUAAGCACGGCGGCAACGACGGCCCCAAGGAUGGUGGAAACCACGGUUCCAAGGAUGGUGGCUACGAUGCCCCCAAGGACGGUGGCAAUCACGGUCCCAAGGAUGGCGGCUACGAUGCCCCCAAGAACGGUGGCAAGGAUGGUGCUAAGCAUGGCGGCUACGAUGCCCCCGAGGACGGUGGCAAGGAUGGUGCUAAGCAUGGCGGCUACGAUGCCCCAAAGGACGGUGGCAACGACAACUAUCCUGUCCCUAAGUAG